UUCCCCCUAUUGCAUGGUUUCCCACCUACAUGUAUAACGCAGUUAACUGCACAGUGUUUACAUGUUCACCUGUCUUGCUGGUCGCAUUACGUCAACAGACUCAACACUAAGAUGGGUAGCUGGUGGUCAUCAACGUCAACGUCGUCAUCAUCAUCAUACAAGGACCAAUCAUGGGAGGAGGCACACGAUCCCAAACCAGUGCCACAGCGAAAACGUCCUGACGAAGUCCGCAUCGGUGUUGUGGGCGACCCCGGGGCGGGGAAGAGCACCUUCAUCAACUCCGUCCGCGGGCUGAGGCCCCGGGACCCUGGUGCCGCUCGGGUCGGCCUGACCCACACCACCGCCGAGCCCACCGAGUACCCACACCCCGAUCUACCCGACAGCCUGGUGCUGGUCGACUUUCCCGGGGUUCUGUUGAGGAGGCACGCCGGCAGGUACGGAGACUUCAACAUUGGGCAGUAUCUGACGGAGUUCGGGUCCUACAUGCGAAGCUGUGACGUGUUCUUGGUGUUCUGUCGGGGCCGCAUCGAGCACAACCCUAUCAGCAUCGCCAUGGCGGCCUACAGGAUGGGGAAGAAGGUGCUGUUCGUCAGGUCUCAGUUCGACAAAGACGUGGCGGACAAGGAGAACGACGACCCCGAGUACUUCGACGACAAGUGCUCGGUACACCUGAUGGAGGAGCUCCGACAGGACUACAUCCGGGUCCUGCGAGAGGUGGGCUGGCCGCGUGACGUCAGGGAGGAUGAGGUGUUCAUUAUCAGCGGCAGGUUGGAGUACGUGACUCAGGACAUGUGGGACGUGCUCGAGUUGAAAAUGGCGAUAUUCGGACAGAGAGUCUGACGGAAUCGAGCGUUUUGUGGGGUUGUAUUUUGGUUUAUUUCACAGCACCAUAGUAUAUAUAUGAAUAUGAAUGGUUUAUUUCGCAUCGAGCGACAAACAAUAACAUACAGUGGCAGCCUUCAUUUCUUCGGCUGUUACAAUUUGUGUUGUCUGUUGUCUGUGCCGACAUCAUAAACCAUAUCAAGGUAUCAGGUCGACAUUGACCAAUAUCAAACGAUAUUCUGUACCCUUAUCUCUCCAUAUAAAAUAAAAAUAAUAUCUAUUAAAGUUUGAAGUCAGUUUUAUGUCAGCAGACAAUGACAUGGGCAGUUUGAAAAUAAAACUUUAAAGUAGAACUACUAACUUUGUAUUGAUGCCUCUUGUAUUGUAAUUAAUACAUUCUAGUAGCCUCUUUUCACAAUAAUGAAUAAUGUUAAUAUCGCUGUUCAUUGUCACUUGUAUAUUUUCUAUG